AAAAAAAGAGUACCGCCACAAACCAAGCCAGCAUGCCUGGUUUCGACUUCUCAAACUACAAUCGCAAUGCGGCUCUUCACGCCCGAGGUGUCCCGCUGCCAAAGGCGACCAGUACGGGUACUACGAUCGUCGGGUGCAUAUUCGAUGGAGGCGUUGUGAUCGCAGCUGAUACUCGAGCCACCAGCGGCCCCAUCGUCGCUGACAAGAACUGUGAGAAGCUACAUUAUAUCUCACCCCAAAUUUGGUGCGCUGGUGCGGGUACCGCCGCUGAUACAGAGUUCACCACCGCCCUUAUCUCUUCUCAACUCGAGUUGCACUCUCUUUCGACCGGUCGGAAACCCCGCGUCGUUACUUGCAUGACCCUCCUCAAGCAGCACUUAUUCCGAUACCAAGGUCACAUCGGAGCGUAUCUAGUAGUUGCCGGUGUUGAUCCCACGGGAACUCACUUAUUCACUGUUCAUGCCCACGGUAGCACAGACAAGCUUCCUUAUGUGACUAUGGGUUCCGGAUCGCUGGCAGCUAUGUCCGUCUUCGAAUCUCAGUGGAAGCCGAACGGUACCAAGGAGGAUGCCAUGCAGCUCUGUUCACAAGCCAUUCAAGCCGGUAUUUUCAACGAUCUUGGUUCCGGAUCGAACGUUGACUUGGCCGUCAUUACCGCAGACAAAACCACCUUACAUCGUGGCUUCGUCAAGCCGAAUGAGCGUAGCCAGAAACUCAAGAACUACAAAUUCAAGCGUGGUACUACAGCAGUACUCAACGAAAAGAUUAUCACCAAAGACGAGAUCGGAAAGUACGUCAGCGUGCAAGAGCUAGAGUCUGCAGAGGGAGAACAGAUGGAUAUUGACUCGUGAGGAACGAGGAAGGAAAUGCAACGAUAAUCGUCUGUACCGAUAUCCCGUGGUAAUACAAGAGUAUUGUCCUAUUCACAGCCAGGGUAAUCGAUGAAUAACCAUCGGUGAUACAAAUUCAUACGAGCUUCACCUAUGGCUACCUAUGCAAAGUGCUCUUCAGAAUAUCAACCCUAAUGCCUCAAUAUUGAUAUUUAGAUAACCAAAUCCCAACCAACCAC